AUGGAAGAUCAAGACAGUCCUCUUAGCNGGAGAAAAAGCAACCACUUAAACCUUAUAAGAGGUAAAGUAACCACUUGGGCAUCUCUCUAUGUUCUGAUUUGGCUCAGACUUAGGGAGAAAAUGGAAGAUCAAGACAGUCCUCUUAGCUGGCCUUACUACUUCCAGGAAGAGGGAAUUGAGGAGUUGAAGCACAGUUUGUUUUACACAACGUUAGAGCUUGAGACUACAAUUCUCUCUGCUCAAGAGGAACUUGCUAGAAAAGAUGAUGAACUCCAGCAUUUCAAAGGUCUCUUGACAAAGACCAUCGGAGAGAGAGAUGAAUUCCAAGCAAAAUGCCAAAGGCUAAUGCUGGAGAGACUCCUACUCCAACAGCAAUUGCAACAACAGUUUCAGCAUCCCCCAGAAAUUGCUCGGUUAACCGGGACUACUAGCAGUGAAGAUGAACCGAGAGGGGGUGAAUCCAACACUGGAUUUUCUUCUUCAGAUUGUGAUGAAAACAUCACUGAAUCGUCCAGUAAGUACCCAAUUCCACCACCAACAUUACCACUGCCGCCACCAGAAGUGACCAAUAAAUUGGAUUUGAAAAAGCCGUUGCCAGAACAAGGGAAGUUCCUGCAGGCGGUGAUGGAGGCCGGGCCGCUCCUCCAAACACUACUCCUGGCUGGACCACUGCCUCAGUGGCAGCACCCACCUCCCCAACUCAACACCAUUGAGAUCCCACCAGUGACCAUUUCUUCUCCAACGCCAAGGCUUCUCCACCAGGACUCUUGUGCCAGUACAGGUGGUUGUUUCAGCAAGAAGAGGGGUGUGGUGAACAGUGCUGAAGUCUCUGAUUUAUCUCCUAAUACUAAGUAUCAAAAGGUGGUUCACCAAUCAUCAUUGACCAACAUCUAGUGAAAUCCCCAUAAUUAGCUAGUAGACCCAUCCUUUUCAUUCUGUUAAGCAUGAAAAUUGAAAAGUAAUCAGCAUGCAGUGGAGGGUUAUAAUGCACCUCUUUGAAUUUGUAUAGUAGUUUUGCCUUAGAACUUGAGAGUCCUAACCAAUUAGGAGAGAGAAAAAGAGGGCAUAAUCAGAGCCUUUUUUGCUUUAUGUUUGAUGACUUCGACCUUUUUUCUUCAGUGGCUAGUCUAAUUCCCCCUUAGAAUAUGAAAUGGGGGAUUUGAAUUCUCCAAAACAGGGGAAUUUUAUAUGAAUACAGCUUCCAUCCUUUCUUCUUUUUUUUUCCCCAUUAGAUUAUGCUUGUGCUUUUGUGGAGGGUGGACCAAUGGUAAGGUCCUUCUACUAUGAUCUGGCGUCAAAGAUUGAAGUCGCAGAAAUAGUCUCUCCACAUGUGGGGUAAAACUGUGUGCAUCUGACUCUCCACGAAUCCCCGUUGAAGUCUCGUACACUCGACUGUCUUUUUGAUCUUUUGUUACACUUUGUGUAUGUCUGAAGAUUGUGAUGUUGUGGAACUAUGGUCAUGAUUGAGAAGAUGAUCUAUUAUAAUACAACUCUAGUUAUG